GAUACGGAGCGAUAAAGACAAACACACAGCCUCUCUCUCUCUCUCUUCCGACUUUUCCCCGCCACUGGGAAACUUCUCCCCUUCACAGAAACCCCCACUCUCUCUCUCUCAUGGCGGCGAGUCUGGAGAAGCCCAAAUACACGAGGCCCAGAACCGCCGCGCGUUGGAAACACGGCCUCCUACUCGCCCUCUUCUUGGCCCUCUGGUUUCUUCUCCUCAUCUUCCGCCUCCAAGAUAGCCCCGCCCAUCAGACCAAAGACGUCAAAACCAAUGCCCCUGCGAAGCCUGACCGAUCGCCAGCCACCCUCGCAGCCACCUGCGAUGGUGGGGACAUGGUGUACAUCUACGAGCUGCCGCCCAAGUUCAACUUCGGCCUCUUAAACGACUGCCGCCGCCUCAACAUCUACAUGGACAUGUGUCCUCACGUGGCCAAUCGUGGGCUGGGCCAGCCAGUCGCCCCGGUCCUCGGGCCCGGCCGAUGGCAUGCCACCCACCAAUUUAUCGGGGAGAUGAUCUUCCAUGCUCGGAUGGAGAGGCACCCCUGUCGGACCAAUGAUCCGGCCAGGGCCCACAUCUUCUACGUCCCGUUCUAUGGUGGGCUUUACGCUUCGAGCAAGUUCCGCGAACAAGACCUCCGGUCGAGGGACGAGCUUGCCGUGGAGCUUGCGGAGUACCUCCAGGGCUUCCCGUGGUGGCAGAGGCACGGCGGAAGAGACCACUUCUUGGCCCUAGGUAGGACGGCUUGGGACUUUAUGAGGAAAUCAAAUCAGGGCCCCGACUUCGGUGCAAACGUACUCCUCGACUUGCCGGCAAUCAAGAACAUGUCGGUUCUAACGGUGGAGCGUCAACCAUGGUCCGGGCUGAACCAAUACGGGAUGCCCUAUCCGUCAUACUUCCACCCAACCACAUUGGACCAGAUGCUGACGUGGCAGGAUAAGGUGAGACAAUCGGAGAGGCCUUACCUCUUCUCCUUCAUUGGCGGUCCCAGGAAGGGAUUAGAGAAGGCCGCUGUCCGGGACGAGCUCAUUAAGCAAUGUGCAGAGUCGAGCCAAUGCAGGCUUAUGAAAUGUGUGGGCGGAGAUAGUAAAUGUCACAGCCCAGUAGAGAUCCUGAAGGCAAUGAUGAGCUCCCGGUUCUGCCUCCAGGCCCCCGGCGACUCAUUCACCCGGCGAUCAACAUUCGACUCGGUGCUUGCGGGGUGUAUUCCCGUGUUUUUCUCCAGGCACACAGCUUAUACCCAGUACAUGUGGUUCCUCCCAGAAGACCAUAGCGAAUACUCGGUCUACGUAGAUGCAGAGAGUGGGGGUGCCUUGACGACAAAGAUCGAGGAUGUGCUCUCGAAGAUAUCGGCGGAGAGGGUGGAGAAGAUGAGGAGUAAGGUUGUCGAGUUAAUUCCUAGGCUAACUUAUGCUCAUCCUAAUGCUACUAAUUUAGGGUUCAAAGACGCCGUAGAUGUCGCACUCGAGACACUGGCAAGGCACGUUAAAUCGGAAUUAUCAUCUCUAUCGUAACUAAUUAAGGGAGUGUACAAAUUUCAUAACAGGAGAAAACGUAUAAAUUUUUUCCCCUUUAAGUCAUAGCAGACGAGCAGCGAUUUGUAUACUGAAAAAAUUCUUUGAAGUUUAUAGCAUUGGAUCAUAGUAAAGGAUAAAUUAUAAUUUUGAUGAAUUUCAUAAAGUGUGGUUUUAUUUUAUUAUUAUGAUUUUCAUGUGUCGGUAGUUUUUCUUUUUCUUUUUCUUUUUUUUUUGCUGAACUCAUGUGUCGGUAGUUGGAAACUCCAGGAGAGAGUUCCUUCUUGGUCAUUAAUUCAGAAAAAGGAUACCAAUUUUAUAAUAAAGUACACAAUAUAUAAUUAAUUUUUUAAUAAAUUUUUUUAUAUAAGAGUAAGAGACGUAAGCUUGUCUGUUUCUUGAACUUCCCUUUCUGUCGGGGGCCAGGGCCUUCUAGCGUUCCAUUUGAAAAUUAUGUGAUUAAUUAAUUAAUUUUUCAUGAUUAAAUAGUAUAUAUUUACAUAUUCUCCAA